UUUUUUAAAUAUUCUAGUUACUCAUACAUAUCUAUAAUACUAAUAAUUGGGAGUUCAAGUUGCUUGUGAUUUAUGUUCGGAAUUCCGAAUUAUAACUAUAUAUAUAUUUCAAAAAUAUUGCAAUCAGCUCUUCAGCUGAUCACACAUCAUGAGCAUAUCUGUGAAUGGACAAUCUCAAGUGCCUCCUGGCUUCAGAUUUCAUCCCACUGAAGAGGAGCUGUUACAGUAUUACCUGAAGAAGAAGGUUGCUUCAGAGAAGAUUGAUUUGGAUGUAAUUCAAGAUGUGGAUCUCAACAAGCUUGAGCCCUGGGACAUACAAGAGAAAUGCAAAAUUGGAUCCACUCCACAGAAUGAUUGGUAUUUCUUCAGUCACAAAGACAAAAAAUACCCCACAGGGACUUGCACUAAUCGCGCCACUGCUUCCGGAUUCUGGAAGGCCACAGGGCGUGACAAAGUGAUCUAUGGUAAUUCGAGACGAAUUGGAAUGAGGAAGACUCUUGUUUUCUACAAGGGUCGUGCCCCUCGUGGCCAAAAAUCCGAUUGGAUAAUGCACGAAUACAGACUGGAUGACAACACUACUGCUACUAUUACCCAUACAAAUAAUCAUGGAAGCAACGCCAUGGGAGAAGGAAUGCAAGAAGAGGGCUGGGUGGUUUGUCGAGUGUUUAAGAAGAAAAAUCACAGCCACAAGACACUGGACACUACUCCUAUCAUCAGCUCUUCUUGGUCAAUGAUCACUACCAUAAAUUCUUGUAAUGAAGGAACUUUAGAACAAAUGCUACAGUCGAUUGGCACCCCAUUUAGAAGAAAUCACUUCCCUGAUGCUGAUAACAACAGACGAUUCUUGAAACUACCGAACCUGCACGAUAGCCCCAACUCGUCAUCCCGCACCCAAAAUUGCUACCAAUCGCUUCACGUGCAAAUGCUUGGCCAAGAGAUCGCAGACCCUGGAUCCAUCAAUCAGUCAGAAACCAGCAUUGGGGUUCAUGAUUGGGCAGCUCUCGACAGGCUCGUGGCAUCACAACUCAACGGCCACAAUGAGGCUUCCAAACAGCUCUCAAGUACUUUCAAUCAUGAUGAUGAUUCCGGAAUGAGCACUUUUUGUUGCCCAGCUGAUGAUGAUCAAUUGGUUCAGCUACCGCAACAGAGAUUGUCAUCUUCAUCUUCAACUAGACCCUACGGUACGGCUACUCACGAUUAUCAAAAUGAAUGUGAUCUUUGGAGCUUUGCCAGAUCGUCUAACGAUCAGCUGUGCCAUUUAUCCGAUGUUUCCGUAUAGUAUAACAGUUGUAACAGUAAUAAUUGAUGUCGUGUCUCUGAAAAGUUCAAUAAUCUCAAGUACUAUAUAUCACAUAAAAUAUUUAAUUAUUUACACUAUUUGUACAUUAAUUAUCAAAGCUAAUGCCCGUAUUUCAUACAAGAUU